AUCAAACUUAAAACUCCAUCAUCAACCAUCACGUCGUUUCCCCUUGCCCACAAAAAUCGAGGGGAUCUCUCACACACACUCUCUCUCGCUUUCCGUCCCCGCACACUCUCUCCAUAUACUUUGAAUUGAGCAAGUAAUUGAGGAAUAAAAUAAUCAACCUAACAUAACAUGCCUCCAUCCGCCCUCUCCUCCUCACCACCUGGUCCUACUAUCCUGACUUCCAGCGGUCAGACACUACCUCUGGAUGGUGUACAAUCACCUGCCGCUGCCUUGGUGACGACAGGUUAUAGGGGCUAUGACCACGUACACUGGUAUGUGGGCAACGCCAAACAAGCAGCAUCAUACUACAUUUCCCGAAUGGGCUUCCAACCUCUCGCCUACAAGGCCCUGGAAACCGGUUCUAGAAUCGUAGCUUCGCACGUAGUCUCGAACGGGGGCGUCACCUUCGUCCUCACAUCACCGCUUCGCUCUCCUUCGACACCGGGACUCACGACGGCAGACGUAGAGAUUCUGAAGGAGAUGUACGAGCAUCUCUCCACACAUGGGGACGCUGUAAAGGAUGUGUCCUUCGAAGUGGAUGAUGUUAGGAAAGUCUACGAGAGUGCUAUAAAGAACGGUGCUCGGGGGGUCAAGGCUCCUGAGGUUUUGAGCGAUGAGGAUGGGGAAGUGAUUGUUGCUACUGUGGCGACAUAUGGUGAUACCACGCACACACUUGUUCAACGGGGAGGGUAUUCCGGCGUGUUCAUGCCUGGGUUUCGACGGGCUGCUGCUCGCCAGGAUCCUCUGGACAAUAUCUUGCCUGCGGUUCACUUGGAUGCUAUCGAUCAUUGUGUCGGUAACCAGGAUUGGGGUGAGAUGGACAACGUUUGCGACUACUACGAGAAAGCCCUCGGUUUCCACCGUUUCUGGUCCGUGGAUGACAAGACCGUCUGCACCGAAUACUCAGCACUAAAAUCUGUUGUCAUGGCCUCCCCCAACGAACUCGUAAAAAUGCCCAUCAACGAGCCCGCCCAUGGGAAACGCAAGAGCCAGAUCGAGGAAUACGUCGACUUCUACUCUGGCUCGGGUGUUCAGCACAUUGCUCUGCGAACCUCAAACAUCAUCGCCGCCGUAUCAAACUUGAGAGCGCGCGGCGUCGAGUUCAUCACGAUCCCUGACUCGUAUUACAAGCAGAUGAAAGUGCGGCUCAGCAAGAGCAGCGUGCGCGUCAAGGAGGACACCGAAUUACUCAAGGAGUUGGGCAUUCUCAUUGACUUUGACGAGGGCGGAUAUCUUUUACAACUUUUCACCAAGCCGCUGAUGGACCGGCCGACGGUGUUUAUUGAGAUCAUCCAGAGGUGUAAUUUCAAUGGAUUUGGCGCUGGGAACUUUAGGAGCCUUUUCGAGGCCAUUGAGAGGGAUCAAGCUGAGCGUGGUAAUUUGUAAAGCUGUUUUUUUUUUUCCUUUCUAUUUUCUUAUGGGUUACAAAGUUUUCGGUGCAGGAAUUUGUUGGGUAUGGGGGGAGGAGGGUACUUGUUUGGCCUUUCCUCGAUUGGUUUUUUUCAUUUGGGACAUUAAUAUGGCAUGUAUGAUGAGGGUCAAAGCAUUAUGAUAUUUUAUUGUGAAUUA